ACAGACAAACAAGCUUAGUACAAUUCAGAUCAAUGCCAACCACAGCCAGAUGGAGAUGUUGGCUCCGCCUGAUUAUCACGGUGGUCGCCGUCUCGAUCUGGUGGCAAAAAGCAGAAUCUCAGCCGCAGAUUAAUCUGCUAAAUAAGGGAUGCAGCCAGUAUAAUGCAACCAAUGCUGCCGAUUUUUUCGACAACCUCAACGCCACCUUCAGCAACCUCAGAGCUCAGCUCUCGGGCGGCGGCGGGAGGCUGUUUGCGACGGCGGAGCAGGCCAGGUCAUCGGACCCGGCCUACGCCAUGGCUCAGUGCAGAAACUACAUGACUGAAAGGGAUUGCUUGGCCUGCUACGACGCUGCCGUCGCGCAGAUUCGGAACUGCUCCGCCGCCAAUGGCGCUCGGGUUAUCUACGAUGGCUGUUUCCUCAGGUAUGAGAGCAACAACUUCUACGAUCAAACAACCCUUCCCGGAAACGUCCAAAUCUGCGGCAACCGAUCAGCACCAGAGGCGUCCGUUUUCCGAGCAACCGGCGAGGCAUUGCUAGAGGAUCUUACACUAGCAACACCUAAAAUGAAUCCCUUUUACGCAGCAAGCAAGAGCUCCGUCGCCAACAUAACUUUCUAUGCCGUCGCGCAAUGUGCUCAAACCAUCACCCAAGAUGGCUGCAGAGAUUGCUUAACCGUUGCAUAUAGAAACGUACAGGCCUGCUUGCCAGAUGCAGAUGGAAGAGCUGUUGAUGCUGCUUGUUUUUUAAGAUAUUCCGACGCUCCAUUUUUCGCUGAUAAUCAGACGACAAACAUUGCGCCCUUUCUAGGAUCAAGAGGGAACUCAAACAAGAAGAAGGCGAUUAUUGGCGGCGCGGUAGGAGGUGGUGGUCUUGUUCUUAUCUUGGCUGCCUUCUUGUUAUGGUACAAGUUUGCAAGGAAGCCGGAAACUUCCCCAAGAAGUGACAUUUUGGGCGCAACGGAACUGCAAGGUCCAAACAGAUACAACUACAAGGAUUUGAAAGCGGCAACAACCAAUUUCAGUGAGGAAAAUAAGCUCGGAGAAGGCGGUUUUGGAGAUGUAUACAAGGCAACGUUGAAAAAUGGGAACGUCGUAGCAGUGAAGAAACUGAACAUAAACCACAGCAGAGCAAAGGCAGAUUUCGAGAGUGAAAUUAGGCUAAUAAGCAAUGUCCAUCACCGCAAUCUUGUCCGUCUACUGGGAUGCUGCAGCAAGGGAUCCGAUCUUCUUCUCGUCUACGAGUACAUGGAGAAUGGAAGCCUCGACAGAUUCUUAUACGGCGAUAAACGAGGAUGUCUGAAAUGGAAGCAACGAUUCGAUAUAUUAUUUGGCACAGCAAGAGGGCUUGCCUAUCUGCACGAGCAGUACCACGUAACCAUAAUACAUCGUGACGUGAAGCCUGGCAACAUUCUACUUGAUAAAGAGUUUCAAGCCAAAAUAGCUGAUUUCGGGCUGGCAAGGCUUCUCCCAGAGGAUCAGAGCCAUGUUAGCACCAAAUUUGCUGGCACAUUGGGAUAUACAGCGCCAGAGUACGCGGUCCACGGCCAUUUAUCAGAGAAAGUUGACACAUACAGCUUCGGAGUUGUGAUCCUGGAAAUGAUCAGCGGUAGAAGAAGCAGCGACGUGGAUGUGGAUGCCGAGACUGGAUACCUUCUAGAAGAGGCGUGGAGACUGUAUGAGGGCGGGAUGCAUGAGAAGCUAGCGGACGAGACGUUGGAGGCGGAUGACUAUAAAGUUGAGGAAUUGAAGAAAAUGGUGGAAAUUGGUUUGAUGUGCACGCAGUCGCCAGCGUCUUCAAGGCCAAGCAUGUCGGAGAUUGUGGCAAUGCUUCUAAGCGACGGAUCGUUGGAGGGGAAAGUUCCGAACAGGGAAAGUUCGAGCUACGGAAACAGGGUUGGUGUUGGUGGUGAGACGAGUACAUCGCGAACAACGGGAUCGACUGCCACUAAUGCUACUAACUCCUUCACACACUUCACAGGGCGCUAGCAAAUUUGUUGAAGGAUCAUUCUUUGUGGAUGUCUGUAAUGUUUUACUUAUUUUUAAUAGCAAAAGAGUGUUAUGAUUUCUUUGUUUCCUCAAUUUAUGUAAAGAAUGAACUGAACUUUGUUAUUUGCACAUUGGUGGUUCUUACUGAACUUUGAUAGUA